UUUCCGUAGGGAAGGCUUAGGAAGAUGGCCCAGCCUCCGGACGUCCGGCUCCGGUCGUCUGCUUCGGCGAGUCGUAGUCGUAGUCGCUAUGGAGGAGCCGGAGAUGCAGCUCAAGGGGAAGAAAGUCACAGACAAGUUCACUGAGAGCAUCUAUGUCCUGGCCAACGAGCCAUCCGUGGCGCUGUACCGGCUGCAGGAACAUGUGCGCCGCUCCCUGCCAGAGCUGGCACAGCACAAGGCCGACAUGCAGCGGUGGGAGGAGCAGAGCCAGGGAGCCAUCUACACCGUGGAGUAUGCCUGCAGUGCUGUGAAGAACCUGGUUGACAGCGGUGUCUACUUCCGCAGCGUUGAGGGUCUGCUCAAGCAGGCCAUCAGCAUCCGGGAUCACAUGAACGCCACUGCCCAGGGCCACAGGUAGCACCUGGGCUGCCCUGCUCAGCGCCUCGCUGUGAGGACGUCUCUCAGCUCUGCCAGGAGCUGCCGCUUCUUGCUCAGUAGAAAACUUUCUUUCCUUGUCCAGUGGCGGCUGGUGGCUUCCUCUCAUCCUUUGGCAUCUGUAGCAGGAGAGUUGAGUCGCUCGGCACCAGAUCCUGGGGUCUGCUGUGUGCUGUGCUGGGCUAGGCGCUGAGGACACAGGGUGGCCGAGACAGGCAGGUUCAGGGAGACACAGCAGCUAGAUAAACAUGAAACGUUCAAGAGCGUUUCCGGCAUACUGCCAGGACGCAAAGUGACUUGGGGCCUCUCUGAGGAGGUGGCCUGAGCAACAGGCAGACAGAUGACCAGGGAAUGGAGUUCCAGGAGUGGGUGUGGUGAGGGCGGGUGCCCAGGGCUGGACUUGCAGGGCUUGUUCGAGAAACAUGGAGGAGGCUGGUAUGGCCCCAGUCGGUGAGCCGGGGGUAGGGGCCGGGGUACCAGAGCUACAGGAAGCUUUGAGCCCAGGACCAGAUGAUCUGAAAAUGAAAAGCACUCAGUUCUUGCAUGCUAGGGACAGAGUUUUUGGAGAAGUAGCCCUUUUUUGUUGCUUUCAUUAUAACUUAAUAAACACACAUAUGAACACACACA